AUGCACAUGGAAAAGGAAAUCACAGUGGCGCAGCUGCGCCAGUGCAGUCUGGCGGUCACACUACCAGCGAAUCUCAGUGCUUUUACCGUGGAGAUACUGUAUGAGCUGCUGGUGGCGGGACUGGUGCGCCUCGCAAAGACUGGCAAUGAGGGUUUUGAACAGCAGCUGCCGGCACAUCUGACAGUGAGCGACACCGUCACACGCCUCCGCCUCUUGAGUGCGUUGACGGUGCAACUACAGGCUUCGGGCUGUGACUUCAUCCGGCACGAACACUUGAUGUACCCGUCGGAGCGCAGUACCAAAAUGGUUCUCAGAUGGCUCGUGACGCAGUUGCACCGCACCGCCAUAACCGAGAGCGCUGAUGGUAAGGAAUGGCUUAAGUUGUCGCCUGUGAGGCAGGUGCUUGGCUCAUUUCAGUCUUUUCUGCAUCGUUGCACUCAGAAUAGUGAUUACAGCGAUCAUGAUGCGUGGCCACGUGGCAGCGCUCCCAUAGCGACGGUGUGGCUCCCGUUCUGCACCGUAAGUGUUGUAGGACGGCGCGCCGACAGAAUUCAUGCCUCGUGCUGGUGGCAAAUCCGCUGCGGCUAUAAGACCAUGCAGGACUUCCCCUGUGCGCCCUCCGAGACGGCAGGGCAGCCGCGCUGGGGAGAAGUUCUUCUUAAUUCCUUUCAGGAGGCCAACGCUAUUGAGCGCACGCGCGAGAAGGACUUCGCUCACCGCUGCCUGACGGAGGCACUCAUGUCGAGGGGUCAUAUGAGCGCCGGCGGCAACGUCCGGCGUAGACCGUUACGGCGUCCAAACAGGGUUUUGGCUGCGCCGGCACCGCAGCGGAAAUUAAAGGUCUCCUCCCUCGCAGUUGAUUCCUUCUUCUACAACCCGUCGGAGGAAGGUGGGAUGCAGCAGAGCAUUCUGGAGACCCUGGUGAAUUCAGAGGCCACGGCGGCAAUAGAAGAUACGGCCACUCUCCAGAAGGCAAUCGUGGAGACUGAAGAAGGCAUUGGCAGCACAGAGGCUCUGGCUGCGCAUGAUGAGGAUGCCAUUCUUCAGGACUACUCCGAGGCCAAGGAAGGGCUGCGGCAGUGCAAGAGUAGGCUUGCUGACCUUGCUGCUCAGAAAACGCAGUGCGACAUGGACUUGGCGACGCUCAUGGCCACUUACGAGCGACAGCAAGCCGAGCGAAGGCGCCAAAAAGAGGACGCCCAGCGGCUUGAGGAAGUUCUGGCGCUGAUGGACACCCAAGAGGAGAGCGAAGCACAGAUACGCCGUGAAAUUGCAGAGUUGGGGACAGAACGCGAGCGUCACAGAGACAAGGUGCAAGCAAAGUUGCAAAAGGUGGAGAAGAAACGUGAGGAGUUGGUGGAGGAGCUCCGCCUGGUGGGGGGUGAUCGCGAGGAACAGCUGGCCCAGAUGCGCCGCGCUGUAAAGCGGCUCAAAAGGCAAAUAGACGAAAAACAACGUGAUGUGCAGGAAUGGAAGGCUGCCGCCUCGUUGCGUACAGAGUGUAUCGAUAGGUCGCACUUUCUUCGCUAUAUAUAUGAUAUGACAUCAAACCUGUGCAAGCAGCAGACGCAGGUUGCCGCAGUUACACGCGACACAGCCGAUUGCAACGAUUGUAUUGAAGAACUGGAAAGACGCCUUAAGUCAUCUUUCGCCAGGCGCGAACAUGACGUGUACAGAAAGGCAGCCUCUUCCCAGGGUGACAGUGUGUUUCACCAGUUUCACAAGAGCCUUCUCGAUAUGCGUGAUGGCUACCGGGGACUUAUUCGUGCAAUAGCGGAACGCGGGGAGCUGCAGUUGGAACUUAACCGCUUGGAGGAACGCUUGGCGAAUCUCAAAGCCGAGGUCGAAGCCUGUGACACAACAAAGUUGGAAGCCGACUUGGCGGAGUUGACUUAA